AUGGUGCACGCCGACGCCUCCAACUUUGGGGCCAAUGUGACCAAGGAAGAAGCGUACAAGCAGGUUCUCGAGCAGGCAGAGGGGCUUUUUGACGGCCAACGCAACUGGGUCUGCAACCUCUCCAACACGGCCUCUCUCCUCUGGCACGCCUACCACUCCCUCCCGGCGCCCAGCUCCGCCGUGAACUGGGCGGGUUUCUACACGCUGGACCACUCGUCGGCGGCGGCCGGCCGGCAGCAGCUGAUCCUGGGCCCGUUCCAGGGCAAGGUGGCCUGCCAGACCAUCGCGUUUGGCCGCGGCGUGUGCGGCGCGGCUGCGGCGCAGAGGCGGACGCAGCUCGUGGCCGACGUCGACCAGUUCCCGGGCCACAUCGCCUGCGACGCCGACAGCAGGAGCGAGGUCGUCGUCCCCGUCCUCGAUGCCCAGGGCGAGCUGAGGGCUAUUAUCGACGUCGACUGCGCGCUUACCGAAGGGUUUGACGAGGUGGACAGGGUGUGGCUUGAGAGGUUGGCUGAUUUGGUUGGGAAGAGCUGUGAUUGGUGA